UGUCUGAAUAACUGAAAACAUGUUAGAUAAACAAAAAGAGAAGCAGUCAUCAUUUAUUAAAUGCAAGUCGCUUUUUAGGGAUCCUAGUUUGCUAUUUGAAUUUCAAACCGAAACAGUAAAACUGCUUGUAUACAACUUCGCCAUUGUAUUGCUGAUUGCAAAUCAAGAUGUUGGCUGGAACUAUAAAUUCAAUGGGAAUGAAAUAGCAAAUCGAUUUGGUCAAGAACUGAUCGAGCCGACUAUUUUAUCGAAAUUUGGGUUCUGUUUUCGAUUAUUGACAAUCAUAUUAAACACAUUGGCCGUCAAUGUGAUCAUUAAUCCGAAACGGAAUAAUCGCACAUUUCUACUGCCAUGUAUACUUUGGAAUUUUUAUAGUAUUACUUCAGUGGCAGAAAACAUUAUGGAAAUUAUAUGGACCAUGUAUCUACUGGAGGUGCCUUUUCACUUAUUCCUUACCAUUUCAAUGGUUGGUAUAUUUAUGAUUUGUUUACAAAGUAAAUUAACACUGCAAGUGUUACGUUUCUACGAGUAUUUAAAUUAUGUAUAGUAGGUAUGUUAAGCGGUUGUCAUUAAUAUAUAGCAAUUGUAAAAUGAUAUACAUACAUAUGUAACAAUAAAAAAGGGGAAAUAUCAUGGCUAUAAACAUGC